UCGGGAUGUGCAGCCCCACGCCGGCUGUGUAUGAGCCCCUUGUGGUGCGGGAGGUGCCCGUGCUGAGGGGCGGCUCGGGUCGCUCCUCACAAUGAGCCCACCUCCAUGUGUGGGGUUUCUGUUGGCAGAUAUCGGCGUUAACCUCACGGAUCCCAUGUUCAGGGGGAUCUACAGGGGAACACGCAAACAUCAAGAUGACCUUUUGGAUGUGGUAGACAGAGCCGUCAAAGUUGGUGUUAAAAAGUUUUUAAUUACAGGUGGGAGUCUCCAGGACAGUAAAGAUGCAUUGCAGCUGGCACACACCAAUGAUAUGUUUUACAGCACGGUUGGCUGCCACCCUACACGCUGCGGGGAAUUUGAGCAGAGUAACCCUGACCAGUAUUUAUCAGAAUUAAAAGAUCUGAUUGAGAAGAAUAAGACGAAGGUAAAAGCAGUUGGAGAGUGUGGCCUCGAUUUCGACAGAUUAGAGUUUUGCCCAAAGGACACCCAGCUCAAGUACUUUGAAAAACAGUUUGACCUGGCAGAGCAAACAAGGCUGCCCAUGUUUCUUCACUGCAGGAACUCACAUGCUGAAUUUUUAGACAUAAUGAGAAGAAACAGAGAUAGAUUUGUUGGAGGAGUGGUUCAUUCCUUUGAUGGCACAAAGGAAGAAGCAGCAGCUCUAAUAGAUUCGGAUCUUUACAUUGGCAUAAAUGGCUGUUCAUUGAAAACAGAAGCCAACUUGGAAGCACUGAAAUCAAUUCCUAGUGAACGAUUAAUGAUUGAGACUGAUGCACCGUGGUGUGGAGUGAAAAAUACUCACGCUGGAUCGAAAUACGUAAAAACUACAUUUCCUACCAAAAAGAAAUGGGAGACGGGGCACUGCCUGAAGGACAGAAACGAGCCCUGCCAUAUCAUUCAAAUACUGGAAAUUAUGGCAGCAGUAAGAGAAGAUGACCCACUCGAGUUGGCCAAUACUCUAUAUAACAACACUAUUAAAGUCUUCUUCCCAAAUAUAUAAAGGUUUCUUACAUUUAUUCAACAUAAUUUUAGUAAAUAUAUUGCAAAAAUUUAAGACUGAUCCUAUCUGCAAGUUCUUAUCAACAGAAGCGAAGAUGUAGUGCUUUUUGUACAAGAUUAAAGCUGAUUUCAAAAAAGGUGGUCUGCAUUGGUACAGUUUCCGAGCCCUAUUUCCUCUUCAUCAAGAUUCGGGAUCAAUUUCUAGAAUAGCCUAAGCUAGCAGCUCUUGUUAAUACCUGCACGCGUUGCAAAAUGAAUACCAGGCUGCUGAGUUCACAUGUAGAAUGCUUCAAGUUACUACUGGUAAUUCAGAAGUGCUGAACAAUCAAGUGCAUGCUUACUACUUUACCAGAAAGCUUAGCAGUUUCGUCUUUUGUUCCACUUAGGCAAAUGCUGUAGUGUUAAGUCUACCAACCUAAGCUUUUCAUUGUUUUGUUUUUAAACACAACUCGCUAUUUUUUAAGUGAUAAAGCUCUGCUAAUACUGAAUUUGUUAAGUAAAGCUGCUUUGGUUCAA